AUGACUUUUUAAUAUUUGUUGGUUGUGCAAGUGAAGAGAGCUAUUCUUUGAAACAGGGCUGAAGACACAUACAAAUAAUUGUCGGUACACGGCACCAAUGCGGUUCAGGUUCAAACCCUGUCUUGUCCUAUAUACGCUCUAAUGAAACUAUUAUCAAUAUCGCGAAAGUUAUAUUUGUAAUCGGUAUUGAAAUUAAAUGUUUUUUAAAUGCUUUUAUUUUCAAGCAAAAUAUUUUUGAAUCAACAUCGAAUCGGUUUCAGUUCCGUUGUUUUCUUUUGGAUUCUGAUAUAGUGCGACGGCGUGCAGACGCCGCUUGGGGGGGGCAAGUAGGCAAAGACAACAUAUAAAUACUUGAGAUUGUGUUUGACAGCUCUAUAUAUAGAGGCGCACCAUCUGCUGUUGUCUGGUUGCAGCUGGAGAAGUGCGUUGCUUAGUUUGUUACGAACCAGCGAAUAGCAUCCAUGGCUUCCUUUGGUACACGCAGCAUGAGCCAGCCGCCGGGCAUUAAGAUCUGCUGCUGCCGUGUCCUGACUUGCAUCAACUUUGGCUUUGUGCUCUCGCGGGGCGGCCUCUUGAAGCUGAUGGAGCUGGGCCUGGCCAUGUUGUGUGAGGGUCUGCUUAUACGUUAUGGUGUACCCUACGCCGACUCCAUUGGCCAGGCGCUGACCAGUCUAUUGGCCACAACUGGCCAUUGCUUCACCACGACAGGCAUCUUGCUCAUAUGCUACUGUUUCUCGGAUAGAUCCUAUGGCCUGAUCCGACAGUCGCUCUUUGAGACGCUCUUCAAUGCCAUCGCCAGCUGCAUGUACUUCAGUUCGGCCAGCUACAUGGGAUUCGCCUGUGUCGUCUGGCUGCAUCCUCAGUUUCUGGUGCGUCCCGGAUUCUGGGCGUAUCCAGCCAUGACGGCCGCCUACUACAUGGGCUAUGCGGCGGGUCUUUUACACGCCAUCGACGCAUUUCUUGCCUUCAGGCACUUUCGAGGGGCUCGUUAGGAACUAAUUACUGUAUCUUAAAAAUAUUAAAUAAAGCUCGUGAUAUAUUAAAACUCACAGAAA